GCUGAUAAGGGGUGUUUUGUUUUCGCUCGUCACCUUUGCACGCUGGAAGAGCGCAUAAAAGCUGCUGCCUGAUGGGGUAGGGGUAGUGGCAGCCUUUGAUUGUUACAGUCAUUCAGAGUAGUUAUGUUUCUAGCUAAUUCACCUAAAAUGUCCCUGCAGAAAUUGUCAGAGGGGCAUUAAUACUGCUUUGGAUUUUUUGUUUGCCUGCUUAUGUCUUUAAUCUGUCAGGGUUUAGUGGAAUUGUUUGAUCAGAACAUGAUUGUUACUCAGAGGGAAGUUUUAGACAAAUAAUGUGUCUGUUAAUUCUGGUACAGAUUGGAAAGAAUUUCAGCGGAAAGGCAGCUGCUUGUUUGCCACUCACUCUAGUGGGUGUGAACACUAUGGGAAUCCCACUCCACCCAUUAAAAACUGGCUUAGCUCAAAAUCUUAAUGUUUCUCUGGCUUCUCUAGCAUUUCUGGUUGUCAGGACAUAUUCACACAGGCCUGUUUGUAUAUCAAGAUAGCUAUUGCUUAACUUAUUCUGGGCCCUUUAAAUAUACUGCUGUGUGCUAAUGUGUCAGUAAUGUAGGUUAGUAGGAUAACCUCUUAAAGGCUGCCUGUCUUAAUACCUGUCUGCCUUAAAACCAGGCAUUUUUAAGUGGUGGCCUGCAUGAAAAUGAUUGAGUACCAUCUUAGUGUCUUUAAAAGAGAAUACUGUAUUAAUCUGAGACAUUUCCAGGUUAAUAUAUAGAAUAAACCAUGUUUUUAGGGUGGUCUGUGUGUUUAAUUGGAUUAGAAGAGAAGGAGAAUGUAAUUCUCUACUGUCUUGGACUUCAUUUACAGUUUUUAAAAUAGUAUCAUGAUAGAGUUUACUGUAUACUUGUGUAUCCUGGACAUGAUGUGAAAUAUUGAAACAUGGGGUGUAUCGAUGUCAUAUUUAAUGUAACCAGCACUGGGCAGCACCAGUGCAGUUUGCAGUAUUUACAGGAUGAGCUGAAAGUGUUACUUAGCUGAAUUGUUUCUGUUCUGCCUGAUACACCUCUGAGACUCUAGGACUUGCUGACUUUUUAGAAGAGUGAGGUCCUUGAGGCACAGUUAGAGCACUUCAGGGGGCUGUUACAGAAGGGUGCUUGAGGCAGAGAGGAAACCCUGUGCAUUCCUGACACUGAUUCUGUAAAACUUUACAGUUAGCCGUUGUUUAAGAGACUGAUCUUGAACAUAAACUCGUGUCAGAACAAAAAUGACUCAAACUGGUAUUUUAUUAUCUAAAGACUUGGCAGUUCUGUUUAUUUCCUGCUGGGCUCUAAGGCUUUUUGCAUAUGGGGCUUUAUCCAUUAAUAAUGUGUAUUUUUGUUACACACAGAGCUCUUUAGCAUGUCAAAUCCUGUCGUUUAAACUGCCACCACACGUCUUCAUAUUGACCUUCUAAAGAAAGAUGUCACUAAUUCAUUGGUGUUGUUUCUCUUAAAUCGCUGUGGAUGUGGAUUUGAUCUAAUUAGCAUCCAUUAUAAUGAGGGCUCUCAACAGCAGCAGGUUCUGAAGUGCACUGCACAUCUGGGGAAGCCCUUGUACAGGAAGCUGCUGCCAGUGGCCAAUUUACACAACAGAAGAGGGUUUUAGUGUAUGAAUGACUCUUCCUCGGGCUGGCCUGCUGUUUCCUUCCCAGGAUCCAUGACUGAAAGCUUAAUUGCAGCUGUUGAUUCAUCACCUCGUUACUGGGGUAUAAAGUUGGUUUGCUUAGUAAUUCAAGUCUUGGGAAAAAAGCACAACAACAACAACAAACUUCUGCUACUAGUUUAAUUGCUUUGGCCCAAGAGGUGCCUCUCUAGGUUAGUAUUUUACCUCUAGCCAUCAUGUUGCAGUUAUCAAGAAAAAGCAUGUGCUUUGAAUGGGAAGAACAUUGGUUUGGUUUACAGUGUUCCACAAAGUUUGGAUGAACACUAAAAUUACCUUUUUUUAAAACACCCUGGACACAUUCCUUUCCAAAGAAUGCUGCUAGAUCAGUAAAACAUGCAUUAUAUCAGCUAUUGCUGCUGUAAAGAUCCAGAGUUUUCUAUGAAGCUGCAUAUGAAUCUUCUCUUGGAAAUUUUGACUCUGUGUUGAAAGUUAAUGAAUCCUUUAUUUUGGUCCUUGAAUGAGAGAGCAGUCCAUGUGGAGGUGAAGGGUUUGUGAUGUAGCGUCAGAGGGCUUGUAGCAGUAGGAUGUGGAGCUGCACUGCCACGAGUGUGAGCAGUGUGGCACUCCCAGAGCACCUGCAGAGCACCUUCUGUAAAUCCAGGACAGUCACAGGGAACAGGGUGACACCAACACAUCCUCCUUAGUGUCUUGUGUGAUUUGUCAAGUAACAAAAUCAGAUAUUUUCUCUUCCAUUAGUCUUUUCUCUGGUUUAAUUCCUGAAGUUGGAUGGAUCUUGCUUACAAGCAAAAGUAAGGGGUAGAUUCUUCCUUGUUUUCUUACUUAGCAGUUCUAAAAGUUGAGCUACAGCAACUGAGAGAAUACAGUAUUGAUACAGAAAUACCUUGGAUUAUUUGUGCACCACGUAGGCCUGUCCUUCAUUUGAGGAAAUGUUGAAAAACUAAUUAUCUUCCUACUUUUUAAAAACAUCUGCUUUACAUUUCUAUUGUUUAAGAUGGCAUUAAAGCUCUGUUCAAAGUAGGUACUUGUUUGGAUAAUGUUUGUUGUGUUAAUCUUACAUUUUUGAGAAACAGGGAAGUUGGGAAGAGAUGGGGCUUGUCUCCUAGAACACUUUUUUUCUCUUUGCCAGGUUCUGAUACAUGAAAGUUCAUUCUACUAAUGCUGUUUAAAUUCUCUGGAGGAGAAGGGUUGGCUUCCUCGUAUUUCUGUAAGAAACUAUAAGGCAGUUUAUGGGUGAGCUGAGCAGAAGGCACUUCACUGACAUGUGAAUGGGGAGGAUGGCAAGAUCUGUAUUUUCAUCUCCACUCCUUGUUUUAUGAUGUGGUGUCUUGGAAGGAGAGCUGCUCCCUAUUUCUUACUAGUUUUUUUCCCCACCUGAGAGCAGUUGUUGUGCAGAGAGCUUGCUUUGUCUAGAGCUGCCACAAAACCACAAACAGUAUUUCUGGAAUGAGCAGGAAAGGUCUAGUCAGUGGCCUGUCUUGGGAGUGCUCUGUGUUAAAGCUGAAGAGCAGACCAGCAUUUAUUUGGGAGCAAUAGAAGUUUUUACAUUAAUAAUAGAUAAGUUCUAAAUUAAGCAAGGGCACCAAGUAAAAAGUUUAAAAGAAAAUUUAAGGCUUAGAAGAACAACGCAGUGUUUCUUGGUUGAAAGACCUGAAGUAAUGAAUUAAAGGGAAUAGAUUGCCUGGAGUGUUCUGACAAGCAUUAAUGGCACUCCUCUAACGAAGAUCAGGCUUCAACCAACAGUUCAGAAGAUCUCAUUUUUGUGUAAGCAGUGGCAUAGGGGUGUUAAAUUGUGAAGUUACAUUUUACCGCAAAAAUAGCAAAUUAUUUACAUGUUAUUUAUACAUAACUAUAGUGCAGUGUAGUCUUGCCACCGCUGUUUGUUUUUGCUGACAAGUCUGAUGGUUUGUUGCCCAACAACUCAGACAGGUUUUUCUUUGUCUCCUUUUAAUUCUCUGUGAGGUAUUGUUGUAUGUUUGAAACAUUUCCCUCACUAGAUUCGUUAGAUAUGCAGUGUUGCUUCCUAAGUUGUAAGGAUCUGGGAGUGACUGAUCUGCUGCUGUUUAAGUUCAAGUGAGGUGGAGGAUCCAGCACUGCAGCUGAAGGCACAGCAGUUUUUUUGAUUCAGCAGAACAAUUCCUGUAGCAGAAGCUGCCCCUUGUGACUAAUGCAGGCUUGGGAUAUUUAUAGAUGUGCCUAUCCACAGCCCUUCUUCACUCCAGCAGGCAGUCACCCAAAUACAAAAGUCUUCUGGAAUUAAAGUAAAAAAUUAAAAUGAGUCCAGCAGUUUGGGUCUGACAGCACAGUGGAAUGCAGGAACACGUUGGGUAAUAAAAUGCUUUCCUUGCAAGGGGGAAUGCAGCUUUGGAAUCUGUGGGUAGAUGCACAGUAAAUGAGGAGUUCUUACUAUGUUGUGUAGUCAAAAUGUUAUGUUUUCUAUCCGAAAUUCAUACACUACAAUUUCUGGUAUUUGCAUUGUUGUUCCAGUCUAAAUGGUUGUCAUCUUUGCAUCUUUGUUGCUCCUGUCCUUGGCCAGGCAGGAGAGGAGAAUCAGUGUUUGUAGAGGACCUACAAAAGUCUGGUUUGUGGGAGUUUGUAUGUGCUGUACUACUGCCACUUUCAUGGCAGAAAAAUGCAGGUAUUCUAUUUUUGUUUCCCCUUCUAGGUGAGAAUGCUGGUAUCUAGCUAGGAGGCAUCUUGGAGCUGGUUUAUUAUUAUAUUUUUAGGGUAAUAAGGCAUUUCUUCUUUGAAAAUGCCAUUAUAUUUCUCUUGCUGAUAUUUAAUGAUAAAUCCUUGUAGACUUAGUUCUAAAACUGAGAUGGUAAACUAAUUCCGAAGAAAAUACAGAAAAUUAAAGCUCUACCGAGUCCUGUAAGAAUAUUUUAAUCUCUGUAACAGAUGCUUCAAAAAACAAAAUAAGAACAUUAUACAGAGCCUAAAAGGCACAGUAUGAGAACCAGGUUUUUUAAAACUUUCAUUUCUGCCAUGUUCACUAGGUGUGAGGUUUUUUGUUGUUUUGGGCUUUUUGUUUUUUGUUUCUUUGUUUUUGUUUAGAAGAAAUGGAACUUGUAUGCAGUUUCUAGUUUGUAUAUAUAAAUACUGUCUUCAGAGUACCGGACUCAAAGUAUAGUAAAUUAGUGGAUUUUUGCAAAAGAACUUCGGUUGACUGUCUUUAGGUAUUAAGUCCACAUCAAAAUAGCCAACACUAAACAAAAAACCUGAACAAAACAAACAACAAAGCCAACCAGAGCAACUUUGUGCCACUGUUUUGAUCAGUGAUUCAUGCCCCUUCCCACCAAGACAGUAAGAGAGCACUGCCCUGGACUCUGAAGUUUUGCACUCUGCCAGUCCUAACAGAAAAGCUGUAGAUGAAGUUUUAAAGCUUUUCCAGUUUCUUGCUGGGCUUCAGUAGUAGUUCUGGACAGCUUUUAUAAAGUCAUUCAACUGCCCCUGCAGUAAGACCACAGUAGGACUGAGCAUCAUUGUUGUAAAACCAGAGGGUUUAAGACAGAGGUUGGACAUAUCAAAAUUCUUUGUGUGCUGUCUGUUUUUGGAUGGAAGCCUUGUCACCUGCAUGGACACACAUCCACCUCUGGCAUUGUGAGCCUGUGUCCUGGUCAAGUGCAGUGUGUGGGUUACAUGGUCAGAGGCUGCUGUGUUGGACACCUUGUUGCCAUGGAUGGCACCUGGGUUCUGUCAGCUUGUGUUCUGUGCAUGAGGAAUCCACAGUGAGGCACGUGUGCUCCUGCCAGCUCAGUGUGUUUAUGACCACGUUGAGCACUGUCUGCUUUGCUCACACGAAUAAAAUGCAGCUCAGGUGAUGUGACGUGGAGGAGGAGCAGCCUGUGGGGCCCCUCAGUGGCUCUUGGUCAAACUCUGUGUCCUGCCCUGGGCCGAAGGACUGAGACCUGUUCACAUCCUUUGCUUUUCACUGUUCCUGUGUUGGUGUAAAUGCUUCAGAUAAAUGCUUUUGGGGUAACACUUUCAGGCAAAACUAGAUAGCAAUGAUCUUGGAAGUUCGUCUUUAGUUGGGAAAUUGAGUAGGCUGAGAAAAUAGGAAUACAUUUCUGUAUCCAGUCUUAUGACAAUGGAAAUGAUUGACUUGGUAUUAUAAAUAAAGUUGAUUGAUUGUGCUAAGGAAACCAUGGACAGUGUACUAGAGGACCACCGUGUCUUACAGGAUGGUGAUGGGCAAGAAAAUGAAAUCUGAAGGGAUUUUCUUAGUGAGUAGCAAGCUAUGCCUUACUCUGUCAGUGUGUUGGGUUUUUUGAGUUUUGGCAGAAUAGAACAGGUUUUUCUUGCCUUGAGAACUCUGUUGGAGCAGCUUGAUAUGUAGAUAGCUUGCAGUCUGGCUUGUAUCUCACAUGCACCUUGUUAUUUCCCCCCUGUCCAAACCAGAUUAUUUGGAUAGACACAGACAAACUGGAGAAGAACUUUAUCUCCUUUUUUUUGUUGAAGUAAUAUAUAGUCUUAGGUGAAAGGAGGAUUUUGUCUCGAGCAACUAAAGUCACAAUGUCUCCAGGAAUCAGAUAUUUGGAAUUUGAAACAUUCACUCAAGAGCUGCUACUCCAAGCUGGAGACCUGAUGUUCAAACAGCUCCAUGAGACUGUGAAAAGAAAGCUUGACAGUGCUGCUUCCCCUCAGAACGGAGACCAGCAGAAUGGCUAUGGAGACGUAUUUUCUGUGUCCAAGAAGCUGCGUCGCGAUGACGGUCUUGGAGUGAGUGGUUCUUCCAAUGGAAUGCCCCCUGUGUCUCCACUCCAUCAUCUUGACAAGAAAUCUGGCAACGGAGAUACCUUACAACUUAACGGGAAACAUCCCAUGGGGCUGGAUGGCAUCAGCAAGAAGUGUCUUCCAGAUUCCAGCCUGCAGAUGAAUGGAGGUGGUGAUGCUGACGAUUCAUUUCCUCUGAGUUUGAACAAAGAGUUGAAACAGGAACCCGUAGACGAUCUUCCCUGUAUGAUUGCUGGAGCAGGGGGUUCUAUGUCUCAGAAUAACUUGAUGCCUGAUCUAAAUCUAAAUGAGCAAGAAUGGAAGGAACUUAUCGAGGAGCUUAAUAGAUCAGUGCCUGAUGAAGACAUGAAGGAUCUCUUUAAUGAUGACUUCGAAGACAAAAAAGAUGCAGAUUCUUCAAAUUCAGCUGCACAGACUCCAUUGGCACAAGAUAUUAACAUAAAGACUGAGUUUUCCCCAGCACCCUUUGAACAAGAGCAGCUGGGAUCUCCCCAGGUUAGAUCCACUUCUUCAGGUUCAGCCUUUAUUGGUGCUGCUUCUGUACCUGUAAGUGCCGCUUCUCCAGCGGUCGGUAGUUCUCAGGCUAUGUUCCAGCCUUCCACUCGGUCAAUGACUGAAAAUCCUAAUCAGCCCAUGAUGCAGGCAUCAAACCACUCUCAGAACGUCCAGAGGCCUCUCCCCAAUGUGUUGUUACCUGGGAAGGGUCCAGGAAGUGCCAAAGAAAUGUCUUCUGCUCAUCAACUUCAGCAGAUUGCUGCCAAGCAGAAAAGAGAUCAGAUGUUGCAGAACCAGCAACAAGCUUCACAAGUCCACCAAACGAAUCAGAUGUCUACGUGGCCACAGUCUGGGCCUUCCCAUAGUCCUCUGGCUGUCCCAUAUACCAUGGAAAAUCCCACUAGCCCAUCAGUUUAUCAACCAGACUUCAACAAUCAGAAACUCAUGAUGCCUAAUUUGGGAAAUAAAAGCUCGCCGAGAGCUGGAGGCAAUUACCAUGUGAACAUCUUGGGUCAUCAGCAAAACAGCUUGAACCAGAACCCUGUGAAUAGUCAGGGCUCUAUGCUGGACUAUGGGAACACCAAACCUCUUUCCCAUUACAAAGCAGAGUGUGAGCAGGGGGUUGCAGUCCCUGGGCAGAACAAGACCCCCAUGCUGGCCUACAUCCAGCAGCGCCAGCAGGCACCGCUGUCCCACGUGAGCGACGACCAAAAUGGGAUGAUCCUGUUGAAACCCAAGCCUGGAAACAUUGCCUACCGACUGCCACACAGUCAGGAUCAAAACCCUUCUCCUAACGUUCCUCGCGUUCCCGUCUCUGUCCCGGGCCCUGGUGUGGGUGCCCAGGCUCCAAAUGUCUCCAUGGCAGGUAACCACAGCAACUCAGCUUAUCUCAGCAAUCAGCAGCAAGCAGCAGUGAUGAAGCAACACCAAAUGCUGAUGGACCAGCAGAAGCAGAGAGAGCAGCAACAAAAGCACCUGCUCAUGGAGCAACAGAAGCAACAAUUCCUCAUGGAACAGAGGCAGCAGCAUCUGCUGGCAGAACAGGAGAAACAGCGGCAGCAGCAGGAGCAGCAGCUGCAGCGGCACCUGACUCGGCCUCCUCCCCAGUACCAGGAUCAACCACAGAAUCCAUACCAGCAACAGGUUGGACAGUUCACAGGGUCAUCUUCAGCCAUGCCUGGGGUCAGUAAUUUAGGACAGUCCAGCUCCAGUAGCCCACGGAUGUUUCCUCAGACCCAGAACAUGAUUCAGAUGGGACCUGGACACACUCCUGUUCCUCCACUCCAGUCGGGCUCCAGUCAGCAGGACCGGGGGGUGACUCAGUAUCCCAAUAUGCAAAACAUUCAGCGCGGGGGAUUGUACAACCUGGCGUCUGGAAUGACACAGAUGGUUCCCCAGCACACAGCUCCAAGUGCCAAUGGACAGACUCCGAUGCAGAGGCAGGGCAGCUUGGGCCAGGGCACUGCUGUUCCUGCUGGCUAUGGGCAGAACACCUUAGCAAACUCAAGUAUUUCUCAGCAGCACAAUAAAGGUGCACUGAAUCCAACCUUAUCUAAGCCACAGAUGGCAAGAGUACCAGCUGCUAUGGGGGCUCAAAAUCCAUCUUGGCAACACCAAGGUAUCCCUAAUAUUAACAACCAGACACAAGCAAACAGUGGCUUAGGACCAUUUACUGCCAACUCCUCUUUCCACAUGCAGCAGACUCAUCUAAAGAUGUCCAACCAACAGUUUGCCCAGGGAAUGCCUCAGGUAAGCCUAAGCACCAGCAGACCCAUGACCUCGAUGAACGCUGCCGUCUCUGGGCAGAUGUUGUCAUCAUCUUUAGGUGCACAGCCCCGGACAAACCCACCUACACAGCAGCAGGUACCCUCACAGCAAGUGCUGCCUGGCAUGAACCAGACUGUUCCAGACCUGAAUGCUUUCAACCAGAAUCCAAAUCAGCAAAUGCCCAACAGAGGAAACCUGCACUGUAGCCAAGGGUACCCUGUGAGGACAACCAGUCAGGAGCUGCCUUUCUCCUACAGCGGCCAGUCGGGCAAUAACGGACUUCAGAACUUAACUGGUGACACAGACCUGAUAGACUCUUUGCUGAAAAACAGGACUUCAGAGGAGUGGAUGAACGAUUUGGAUGAGUUGUUAGGAACUCAUUAA